AUGGCGGCCAUGGCGGCGCCCGCCGAUGAGCCGGACGAGGCUUCGCCUCCUUCGCCCUACCUGGACGCGCUGCUGACCAAGCCGGCUCGCAGCGGCCGCACUGGCCAGCGGCCCUUCGGCUCCCUGGGAGAUCAGAUCGAGGUGGACAAGUACGAUGAGCAGCUUGCCGACAAGGUUGAAGAUCUCAAGGCACUCUUCAGAGGAGCCAUUCCGCCAGAUGUGGUGGACAGGGCCAAGAUCUUCCCCUCCCCAGCCAGAGAGUUCCGGCACCGGGCGGGGCCGCUGGCCGUGCGGCGGCCUUGCGCAGAGAGGCAGGCCGAGGGUGUCUCCCUCGAGCUGUCGAUGUGGGACCCGGCGGCCAAAGAGCACAGCCUCAUCAAUCCCACAGAGGUGCCCAUCUUCUCGCGGCCCAUCUCCGUAGCCAUGGAGGUGCUGAGGACGCUGCCCAUCCGAGUGGACCCUGAAUUGGGGGAGGGCAGCGACGAGCAGGAGUGGACCUGCCUUGACCUCGCUGAUGCUUCCAAGCCGACAGCCUGGGGGCGCGUCAUCGGGCAUGGCUUGCGCUCAGCGCAGUUCCAUUCGACACUCUCUGGCGAACUCAUCGUGUGUCUCGCGUACCACGACGUACGGUUGCGCGACUUAAAACGUGGGCAGCCGCUGCCAGAGGAGGACGAUGCAGCCUUCGAGAAUUCCACCCAAGGAAAGAGGUGGAUGGCCGCUGCACAGGAGCUGAGGAGCUUCCUGUUGCAGGCGAUGGAAGCUGCAGACGUCAAAGGAGCAAAAGUAGAUGUCGUGGGACGAUGGAAGCGAAGGCGUUUAGCGGUCGAGCGGGACUUCGUGCAGGAGGCUUUCGAGCUAGAGGAUGGCCGGAAGCUGGUGUACAAGCAGCCUGAGGGUCAGUUUUCGAACCCGAACUUGCCUUGCGAGGUGCAUUGCCUGAACUGGCUCUGCCUCCAGGCCAAAGAAGCAAGGAAGGAUGCAUCCGUGGGCAGGAGAGCUGCGGGAAGGUUGCUGGAACUGCAUUGUGGAGGUGGCAACAACACCGUGGCGCUGGCCCCGUUGUUUGAGUCUGUCCGGGCGGUGGAGAUCAACCGCACGUUGGCGCAAGCCGCAGAGGACAACUUGAAAGCAAACAACAUCACGAAUGCCAAAAUCUUCCGUACGUCGAGCGAGAGUAUCGACGAUUCGAUCUUCGCUGGUUGUGAUGUGAUCUUGGUGGACCCUCCACGCGCAGGCUUGGACGCCACUGCCCGACAAUGCGUAGCCAAAUUCGAUGAGAUUCUGUACAUUUCUUGCAACCCUUUGGCCCUCAAGGGCGACAUCAAGAGCCUGGGUGAAGGCUUCGAGGUAGUCGCCCUUGCAAUCUUCGACAUGUUUCCCUACACCACCCAUGCCGAGUGCGCUGUCCGCAUCUGCCGCAGGCGACAGGCAUUCGUGCCACGAUCGCCCAGCAGCAGAGGGUGGAAGUUUCUCGUGCUAUUCGUCAUAGGUGCUGUAGCUGCAGCUCUAUAUCGUCGGCGCUUCCGGUGCAAGUUGGCAGCUUAA